CAGAAUUUGUUUUUACAAAAAAAUCAAAAAAAAAAAAACUAGUGCCUAUUCCAUUCGAAGUUUUUUUGAAUGAAUUUUGUUUAGAAUAAAAUAGCAUCAUCAUCAUCAUAAUGAAUAUUUUUCGAUUAACCGGCGAUCUAGCACAUUUGGCCGCCAUUAUAAUAUUAUUAUUAAAGAUAUGGAAAACACGUUCCUGUUCGGGAAUCUCGGGUAAAAGUCAGAUUUUAUUCACUGUUGUUUACAUUACACGUUAUCUUGAUCUGUUUACCAGUUUUAUUUCUGCUUAUAAUACGUUAAUGAAGAUUAUCUUUAUUGUUUCAUCGUUGGCAACAGUUUAUUUGAUAUAUUAUAAAUUUAAAGCAACAUAUGAUCGAAAUCAUGAUACGUUUCGUAUUGAAUUUCUAAUUAUUCCAUCCAUUAUAUUAGCAUUAUUGAUACGACAUGAAUUCACUGUUAUGGAGGUGUUAUGGACAUUUUCAAUCUAUUUGGAAGCUGUUGCCAUAUUACCGCAAUUAUUUUUGGUAUCAAAAACUGGUGAAGCCGAAACAAUUACAUCACAUUAUCUGUUUGCAUUAGGCUCAUAUCGUGGUCUUUAUCUAUUGAAUUGGAUUUGGCGUUAUUAUUUUGAAAAUUUUCUUGAUUGGAUAUCGAUUGUUGCCGGUUUUGUUCAAACUGUAUUGUAUUGUGACUUUUUCUAUUUAUAUGUCACACGUGUUUUACAUGGUCGUAAACUAAGGCUUCCAGCAUAAAGAAAUACGAA